GUGCUGGCAAAUCAGUCGAACGCCGUUCGCGCACACGAUAAGUCACGUGCUACGCACUACAACUACAACUAUAGCUGCGAGCCGCAUCAAGUUUUUUAGUGCUAAGCGCAGUUACCAAGUGAUUCCAGAGAUAAAGACCAAAAUAGCCAACAGCAAAUAAAAAUCAAUUCUAUUCCAAUUCUAUUCCAAUUCCAAUUCCGAUUCCAAUUCGAAUUCCAAUUCAAUUCAAUUCAAUGGAGCACAAUAUGCACGUGAAUGCACCUCCUCUGCAUCACUGGGGCUAUGGCGCCGCUGCUGCCGCCAUGCCGGCCACGCCCCAAGGUCACUGGGUGCCGCCGCCGCAGAGCCACAGUCACCAGAGCCUGCAGAGCCAUCAUAGCCUUCAGAGUCACCAGAGCCACCAUUCGCACAACAGUCUGAAGCGCGCGCUCUCCGAGAGCGACUGCGACGAGCUCUACUCGGAGGAGUCUUCCAAAGAACAAAUCUCACCUGGUGAAGGUGGAAGCUGUCAGCUGAUGAGCCGCAAGAAGCGUCGCGGCGUCAUCGAAAAGAAGCGCAGAGAUCGCAUCAAUUCAUCGCUGACCGAGCUGAAGCGUCUGGUUCCCUCCGCCUACGAGAAACAGGGCUCAGCCAAGCUGGAGAAGGCCGAGAUACUGCAGCUAACUGUGGAGCACUUGAAGAACUUGCAAUCGAAAACUCUCGACUCGCUCAGCUACGAUCCGCAGCGCGUGGCCAUGGACUACCAUACGAUUGGGUUCAGGGAAUGCGCCGCCGAGGUGGCACGCUACCUGGUCACCAUCGAGGGCAUGGAUAUACAGGAUCCACUGCGGCUUCGCCUGAUGUCGCACCUGCAGUACUUUGCCCAGCAGCGCGAGAUCUCUGGCGUGGCUGCCUAUCAGCCCAAUUGUGCGGCCACGCCCUAUCAGACAGCCUAUGCAACGGCUGCCGUUGCGCCCUCCGCCAGCUCCUCGUAUGUGCCCAGCACUGGGGGCUAUAUGGGCGCCUCGCCGCAUCAUGUCAGCCGCUCCAGCGUUGCGACCACGGCGAGUGGUGCAGCUGUCAGCGAGAGCCACUCGGCAGAGGCAGCCGCACAGCAACAGCAGCAACAACCACAACAGCAACAGCAGCAGCAGCAACAGCAGCAACAGCAGCAACAGCAACAACAGCAGCAGCAACAACAGCAACAUUAUACACAGGAGCAUAGCGCACAUGCCGAGCAGCCGCAACAGGUGCCACAGUCGGUGCAACAGGUGCAACAGGGGCAGCAGGUGCCCACCUACAUUGAGCUGACGAACAGCCAUCGCAACGAGCUGCCGCCCAGCGGGACUCUCAGCUACAGUGCCACGCCCCAAUAUCCAGUUGCUGGCAGCCAGGAUUACAAUGCGAGCGCCCUGCAAUAUGCCGCAGCCAAUGGAGCUAAGCCCUAUAGACCCUGGGGCGCUGAAAUGGCCUACUAAACCACGAAUUGCUAAAAUUCCAAAUAACUGCAAAAUUCAGGAAAAAAAUUCUUAAAAAAAAAAAAAACAUACAACAUUUUUAAAAGUUCUCAAUACUUUCCAAAUAAUUUUCAAAAAAUAUCAAAUAAUUCCAGUCUAAUAAUUUUGAACUCAUUCCAAACUGUGUAAUCUCAACUAAUUGAGAAGCUGGGAAUAUUGCAAACACUUCCCACAUAUUCAAUGAAUCUCUGGUUUCCCAAAUGGUCCAUUAAAUCCCACAUCCACAAACUCCAAAUAAUAGUUGGCAAUCAAGUUCUAGUCAAAGAUCGAUCAAAGCCGAACAUGUGUGAUAGCCCUUAAGUUGUGAAAAUCUAAGGAGCUCUAGCUCCCUGAACUCCUUGCUCUCUGUAUAUAGUUAUAAAUGCUUAGCAUAAGUACAACUGAAAUUUUCUACAUUUUUCUACGAAUAGGUUUUAAAGGCAAAAGUUUUGUAAACCUAAAAUUAAGUGUAAAUACA